GUCCGAAUGGUAUUGGUUCGAACGGAAUUAAUAAAAAAAAAAAGUUUGACUGCUUUGAGAGAGCCCCUCCCCCUUUGGAGUCUCACUGUGUGAGCUUAGCUUCUUUCAUUUUGAUCUUGGCCCGUGAAUCUAACCAGCUUUCUUCUGAAUUCGCAUCCUUUUGUGAAUCUGGUCUUGUAGAUCUGCUUAGCACUGAAUUAGCGAUGGGGGAGGAAGAUACGAAGGUCACCGUGGAGCCAACAGCGAAUGGGACUAGUUCUCUUCAAAAACAAUCAGAUUCAGUCGCUGAAAAACAGCCUGGUGAGAAUGCUAGCGGCAAAGAAACGGAGGUAAACAAGAAAGAUGAGGAUGCUGGUCCUGAGAAAAUGGAGAUAGACGAUGAGAUCAAACAAGAUGAAGAGAAAAAUGAGACUGAAGAUAAAGAGGGAGAGGUUGCAGAAAAGGAAAACGAAGCUGAGACUGAGAGACCAGAAGAGAAAGAGGCCAAGGAAGACAAGGAACAAGCAGAGAUUGCUAAAACGGAGGAAGAGAAUGGAAAACCAGAAGCUGAUGAUAAAAUGGAUGAAGACACAGAUGGCAAGAAGCUGGAAGCUGAUGAUGGUGUUUCUGGAGGUGCUACGGAGGAAGAUACCGUGAUGAAGGAAGCCGUGGAGUCUGAAGAUAAUAAAGACAUAAAGGGUGCUGAAAAUGGAGGGGUUGACAAUAUAGAUGCUACUAAAGGAAGCCAAGAUAAAGCUGAGGAAGAUUCAGAGGAGGAGAAACUAGAAGGAGGGAAAGUAAAUGGGAACGAAGAAGAGGAUAAGGAAGACAUCGAAGAGGGAGAGAAGCUGGUCGGUGGAGACAAUGCCGAAGAGGAUGAAAAGAAUGAGGGGAAGAAGGAAGAAACAAACAAAGAAGUGGAGGCUGACGCUAAGGUGGAUGAGCCUAAAGUGGAGGACGACAAAACAGAGAGUAAGGGUGAGAAUGAAAAUGACAGCAAGGAUGAGGAUGAAGAUAUAGAGGAGGAGAAGGAAGAUGAGAAAGAAGAGAGCAAUGAUGAUACAGAAGGUGGAGACGAAGAUAGCAAGAAGUCUAGCAAGGGAGGGAAAGGGAAGAAGGAUAUUGAACCUAAGACUCCUUACAGCUCUGAUCGCCCUGUCCGUGAGCGAAAAUCUGUUGAGAGACUUGUCGCUGUGGUUGAUAAAGAUUCUUCAAAGGAAUUCCAAAUCGAAAAGGGAAAAGGAACACCUCUCAAAGAUAUCCCAAAUGUUGCUUACAAGAUAGCAAGGAAAAAGCCUGAUGAUGCUUUCAAGCUUCUACACACUAUUCUAUUUAAUGGGAGAAGAGGGAAGGCUGCUCAGGUCAAGGCAAACAUAUUACGCUUUUCUGGUUACAAAUGGCAAGGAGAUGAGGAAAAGGCAAAAGAAAAAGUAAAAGAAAAGCUUGACAAAUGCAACAAAGAAAAGUUGUGGGAGUUUUGCGAUCUCUUUGACAUAUCAGUCUGCAAAGCUACAAGAAGCAAAAAGGAAGAUAUUGUUGUGAAACUGUUUGACUUUUUGGAGAAACCUCAUGCGACUACUGAUGUUCUGGUUAAUGAGGAAGAGAAGAGCGCAAAGCGCAAAAGAACUCCUAAGAAAAGUUCGCAAGCAGCUGGAAGUUCAUCUUCAAAACGAUCAGCAAAGAGCCAAAAAAAGACUGAUGAAGCAACAAGGAGUGACAAAAAGAGAGCAACUCAUUCUGAUGAUGAGUCUGAAGAAGAAGAGAAAGAGGAGGAAGAAGAAGAAGAGAAAGAGGAGGAGGAGGCAGAGGAGAAUGAAAACGGGAUUCCUGAUAAGUCGGAUGAUGAGGAGGCGCCUCAGCCUUCUGAAAGCGAGGAGAAGGAUGAAUCUGAGGAGGAGUCAGAGGAGGAAGAAACUAAGAAGAAGAAGAAGAAGCGUGUUGUUUCUAGGACAGUAUCUGGUGGAAAGACAGCAGCAGCAGCAGCAGCAAGGAAAUCAAGAAGCAAGAAAGCUGAAGUCUCAGAGAAAUCCAGUCCACCACCGAAGAAAGUUAGUCAAAAGCGCUCAGCAGGAAAACGUAAGGAGGGUGAUGACGACAAUGACGACAGUGAUACAAGUCCAAAGGCAUCUUCCUCUAAGAGGAAGAAAACUGAAAAACCGGCCAAGGAGCAGUCCUCCGUUCCUUCAAAAUCUGCAUCCAAAGAGAAAGCAGGAAAAAGAGAGGGAAAAGGGAAAGACCAAAAGAACAAGGAACCUAGUGAAGAGGAGUUGAAAAUUGCAAUUGUUGACAUCUUGAAAGUGGUGGACUUCAACACGUCCACGUUCAUGGACAUCCUCGAGAGACUAGUUGGGAAGUUCGAUAUUGAUCUCACGUCGAAAAAAUCAUCGAUAAAGCUGAUGAUCCAAGAUGAGCUCAAUAAGAUAGCUGAUGAAGAAGAAGAAGAGGGUGCUGAGAAAGAGAAAGCUGGUGGUGGUGGUGGAGAGGAGGUUAAGGCCUGAUCACAUAGCACAUAAAUCUAGUCUCUCUAUCCCCAUUUGCCUAUCGUCAGUCACUAGUCAAAAUAUAUUAGAGAAUGUAAUUUGCUUGUUGUUUUUGCCUGGAGUUGUUGUUCUACAAGCAGGUGGUUUUUUUUUUUGUUUUUUUUUAACUUUUGGUAGAGUCUGAGAGAGGAAGAAGCUUGCGAGUAGUAGCUUUCGUUGUGUAGACGAUUUAACAUUUGUGGCCGCACUUGAAGCACCCUUAUGGUUUUUAGA